CAUACUCCACUCCAGUCUGUGCUGUGCAAUUAAAACCCCCACCGUAUAUAUAAAAAAAUAGACGCUCCUCUCUGACAGUCCGACCAGGCGCUCGCUGAGACCGCCCGUCCGCCUCUGCUCCAGAUUCAAGGAAUUUCUCUCUCUCUCUCCCCCCCCCCCCCCACCACUCAUCGCUUCUGAGGAGAAAGAGACUGUGUGUGUUUUAUUUUCUCUCUCUUUUUGUUAAUUCCUUGAGCGGGGAAGAACUCAGUGUCGAAGCGGACCAUUCCGAUCCUGUUUGAAGAGAGGAAGAGGAGGGAAGAGGGGAACUUACUGCUGCUGAAGAAAGAAAAUAAGAAGCCGGGCAUAACUUUCUCUGAAGCCUUUCAGCCGAAAGCAACUUUCAUUCUGGAUUUUUGAAGGGAAAAGAGGAAGGUGGUGCGAAAAAAAAACAUUUUUUUUGUUAAUUUCGCACUGCACGUUGCUUGUUUGCCUUGAUCCAUCGGUGAAGUAUUCGUGCGUGCGAGAAGAGUUUAUCCCCGAAACUUACGCUGUGAUUUUUCUUGUGGGCUUUUUUUUGCGUUAAGUACGUAAAGUUUUUUUUGUUGUGCUGCUUGCAAAAAAAGAAAAGAAAGCCAGUGCGAAAAAAAUGGUUCCUUCUGGGAUGUACCUGGCUGCCAAGUUGCUAGCAGCCGUGCACCUUCUGCAGUUGUUCGCUCAGAGCGGCCGGGCUCUGGUGUGCUUACCGUGCGAGGAAUCCAAAUGCGAAGAGCCCAGGAACUGCCCCGGGAGCAUCGUGAUGGACUUCUGCGGCUGCUGCUCCGCCUGCGCCCGGCAGAAGAACGAGAGCUGCGGCGGCGUGUACGGUCUGUACGGGACUUGUGACCGCGGCCUCCGGUGUGUGAUCCGACCCCCGUUCAACGGCGAUUCCAUCACCGGCUACCAAGUUGGGCUUUGCGAAGAUGAGAGCUGGGAAGACGACCAACUUAUUGGAAUCGAGCCCUGCAAAGAAAACCUAGCAACAGGCUGCAACAUUGUCAAUGGGAAGUGCGAGUGUGACAGUAUUCGGACCUGUAACAAUCCAUUCGUAUUUCCCAGUCGGGAAAACUGCCUUUUGGCAAUUAAGCAGAUUGAAGAGGAGAAGCCGGAUUGCUCCAAAGCCAGGUGCGAGGUCCAGUUCUCUCCCCGUUGCCCAGAAGACUCCAUCCUGAUUGAAGGCUAUGCUCCCCCCGGCGAGUGUUGCCCCCUUCCAAGCCGCUGUGUGUGUAACCCAGCUGGAUGUCUGCGGAAGGUCUGUCAGCCUGGAUACCAGAGCAUUCUCGUUUCCAAAGCAUCGGGAAAACCAGGGGAAUGCUGUGACCUGUAUGAAUGCAAGAAAGUGUAUAAUGUGGACUGCAGCACAGUUGACUGUCCCGCCAUUCAGCCCGUCGUUUGCCCACCCGACAGCUACGAGACCCCAACCCGACUAACUGCUGAUGGCUGCUGCACUCUCCCAACACGAUGUGAAUGUUUGCUGGGAAUCUGCCGUGUUCCUAAGUGUGAGGCUGGCAAGGUGCCACGUAUCAUUUCCCCUGGGGAUGGCCUGCCGGGGAGAUGCUGUGAUCUGUUCGAGUGCAUCAAUGAGACAAAGCCCACGUGCAUAUUCAAUGGUGUGGAAUAUUACGACGGGAAUAUGUUCCGGAUGGACGCGUGUCGUUUCUGUAGGUGUCAAGGUGGUGUCUCAAUUUGUUUCUCGGCGCAAUGCGGAGAGCUGCACUGCGACAGGUACUAUGUACCCGAGGGAGAGUGCUGCCCAGUCUGUGAAGAUCCAAUAUACCCCAUCCACAACCCGGCUGGGUGUUAUGCCAACGGGCAGAUCCGUGCCCACGGCGACAGGUGGCGUGAAGACGAUUGCACCUUCUGCCAGUGUAUUAACGGAGAGCCCCACUGUGUGGCCACAGCCUGUGGUCAGAGCUGCUUGAACCCAGUGAAGAUUCCAGGAGAGUGCUGCCCUGUGUGUGAAGAGCCAACAUACAUCACCAUUGGGCCUCCGACAUGCGAGCUGCUGAUCAACUGCACCCUGACGGAAGGAGACUGUAUCUAUGGCUUCAAGCUGGACCACAGUGGAUGCCACACGUGUCAGUGCAAAACCAGAGAAGAGCUGUGCACAGGCCUCAUAUCGGGAUGUGGCCUGGACUGUCCCUUCGGCCUGCAGACUGAUGUACACGGCUGUGAGAUCUGCCAGUGCCGCACGCGGCCAAAGAAAUGCAAGCCCGUGGUUUGUGACAAAUACUGUCCUUUCGGAUACAUGAAGAAUAAACAUAGCUGUGAUAUCUGUCGCUGCAAGAAGUGCCCAGAGCGUCCGUGUGACAAGUAUUGUCCAAUGGGAUUCGAGCAAGAUGUUUAUGGCUGUCUUAUCUGCAAGUGCAAGGAGGUGCCCACGACUGCCAACCCACCGGUCAAAACGGGCUCAUGCUUGUCCAUGGAUGGGCGACGCCAUGAGAGCGGUGAGAGUUGGCAUGACGGUUGCCGCGAAUGUUACUGCUACAGUGGACGCGAGAUGUGUGCGCUCAUCACCUGCUCCGUGCCCAACUGCGGAAAUCCUACCAUCCGCCCAGGGCAAUGCUGCCCAUCAUGCCCAGAGGACUCUGGCCUUUGGAAGCCUGAGCUAAGUGAUACAUCGAUCUGCCAUGCUCCUGGGGGCGAAUACUUUGUGGAAGGAGAAACUUGGAACAUUGACUCCUGCACCCAGUGCACGUGCCACAGCGGGCGUGUGCUCUGCGACACUGAGGUCUGCCCACCCAUCCUCUGCCAAAACCCCAUCAGGACUCCAGACUCAUGCUGCCCACAGUGCCCAGACGAACCUCUUCAGCCAAUGUCGCCAAGCAACAGAAGUAUGCCUGGUUACUGCAAGAAUGAUGAAGGUGAUAUCUUCCUGGCAGCUGAAUCCUGGAAGCCAAAUGUGUGCAGCAGCUGCAUUUGCAUGGAGGGUGUCAUCAGCUGCUACUCAGAGUCGUGCCCAGCCGUGACCUGUGCUCGGCCUGUCCUGCGGAAAGGGCAAUGUUGCCCUUAUUGUAUUGAGGAAAGCAUCCCAAGCAAAAUUGUGUGCCACUUCAAUGAGAAAACCUAUGCAGAUGAGGAGCGAUGGGAUAUUGACAGCUGUACACACUGUUACUGCCUACAAGGGCAGACACUCUGCUCCACAGUCAGCUGCCCUCCCCUCCCCUGCCUGGAACCAGUCUACAUGGAUGGAAGCUGCUGCCCUGUGUGCCCAGACCCGUACAUGCCAGAGCCCACCAACAUACCCAUCGAAAAGUUUGACCAGAGGGGUCAGAUCGAAGUGGAAGCCCCGUUCUGGCCAACACCAAGUGGGAAUGAAAUACCCGCACACCUUCGGGAUGAUGAAAACCUCCGUGUAAAUGCGAUAGGGGGAGACUAUCCCCGGUACAGUGAAGAUUCUGCUAUGCACUCAGUGGCUUGGGUGGCACUGCCCAUCAUGAUUGCUCUUGUUCUAGUCAUAGCUCUGCUGCUGGUCAACCAGAAGAAGCAGUGGAUCCCAGUGCCAUGUUACAGAGCUCCUACAAAGCCCUCAUGUCUGAACAACCAGCUGGUGUAUGUGGACUGUAAGAAAGGAACCAUGGUUCAGGUGGACAGCUCCCAGAGGAUGCUGAGAAUGGCAGACCCAGAUUCCAGACACAGUGGUUUCUACAGCAUGCCAAACACAAAGCAAAACAAUUUACAAGUGGACAGCUUCUAUCAAACGCACUGGAUCAUGUAAAGAUACUACCAGAGAUGAGGACAACCACAGCAGGCUUUUCCCUGAAAACCACCAGCCUCUCUGGUGGCUUCCUAAGAGUUUCGGAAGGUGGACUAUAGAAGAAACUUUGUUGGACAAAGUUCCUGCUCGAUAUUGAACGAGAAAAAGACUGGGUUUUGUGCUUACUGGUAUGCAGACUAGAGACUGCUUCCGUGAUAGGAAGCUUCGUAAUUAUAUAUUACUCAAGCACCUUUUUUGAAGCUCAGAAAAAGGAGAUUAUGCUUUGUGAAACAUUAGCAUUAUAGGAAUAUUUAUGUUAAUAUAUAUUAUGCUAAAACAAAAGUAUUUGUACAUAUAUAUAAUUUUCUAUGUUUUCCUGUUUAAUGUAUUUAUAUCCUAGAGAGAUUUUAUCCAGUUUAAAAAAAAAUUAGCUUAACAGUCAUUCCAUUUUAGUGCUUGAUGGCUCACAGGACUCGCAAAAGGAAAGAGCAUCUCAUUUUACCUAAGAUUUUGUGCCUUUUUGCUGAUGGCUUCAGCACUGCUCUCACUACUUCUGAUUUCAGCCUUCAAAGGGCUUUAAAGAUCGCAAAAUGGGUCUCACAGUUAUCCAUAAUACAGUACCAAUGCUUAUCAAUCUUGAAUUUUUUCUCCCCCGUUUAAAAGUUAGUCUUUCUUUUGUCCAGCUACUAUGUCAUUGAUUAGCUUGUACAGCUUAUUGUGUCAGUCUGUUGUUUGAUUCCUGUUGCAAUUUAACCAUAAGGAUAUUAUGCACUGGGCAGCAUUUUCUUUGGUUCCUACUAUAAACAGUGUGCUUUGUAUUUGUUUGUCUUUUUUUCCUCCACUUGCAGAAGUUCUGACGGGCAGUUUUUCUCUUCCCAGAAUGCACCAGGACCUCUAUUUGUAAAAUAAAAUAAUAGAAGCUGUAUUCCCCAGUGGCAGAGUGAAUAAAAUGGAGAGCCUGGUGCAGAGCUUAGCACACAGGACAAGGUGGUCCCAGUCUGAAUUCUCAGGCUAUGCUCUAAGGUGCCCCUGUCGGCUCGGGCGUUGGUAAGGGAGCCAGUGAAUGGCCUCAUGGCUCUCCCAGGUUCAGGAGGGAAUGAUUUAACCGAUGUCCCUGCUCCUUCACGCCCCACCUGCGGGCAAGGACAGGAUCAGGCUCAGCUUUCAUCGGAGACCAGAAUACUGCAGGUGCUGCUGGAAACCUGAACUAAGAACAGAAGACGCUGGAGAUACUUUGCGGGGUGAUGCCAGUGUUUGUGGAGAGAAACAGAAGGGUGGAUUUUACUCCCUUCCCAGCCCUCACUGCUGUAUUUGAAGGCAGGGCUAGGGGAGGGGUGAUGUACAGGGGAGAAUGUAAGAUGGACAGCUGGCCUGCCCAUUCCUCCUGACCUGUCUCCCACAUUACAGCAGUUAGGGACGGUAUCAGACAGCCAAGCCACCUUCGGGUCUCUUGAGACCCUCAAGUUCCAAACAGUGGCCAACAAAGGCCCUCAUUCUGUUACAUCGUGCUGUUGUUUUAUGUGUUCCCAGAGGCAAGGAUAUCUGCACUUCGUACACAAAAUCUUCUCCCCCUUACCCCGGGAGAAGGGUGGAGGUGACACUUAAUUAGGCAGGUAGCAUAUCCGAAUCCUUCCAUACCCCAGGGUCUUGAUUCCAGGGGAAAGCCCACUGGGUAGCCUUGCCACUGCCUGAUUAGGAUGUGAUUCUGUGGGCCGGAAGAGACAAAGUGGGUUUCUCACCAGCCAACCCUGAUGAUUUCAAUGCCUUCUUUCCCCCCACCACUGUCUGAACUAAUAUCCCCAUCAAUCACAUUUCUGUCCCACCCCUGCCUCAAUAAAACCUCUAGCCCCAACAGUUCAGCCUUGAGGCCUCCAUUCACACGUGUUAUUUAAAUUGUACUCCCCCUGCUUUUGAUGCUGAGUGAAAUCCUCCCUUUUUUUCCCUCUCUGCGAUGGUGUCUGUCAUCACUCCCUCAAAUGCAACAGGCACAGGCUUCCACCCAUUUAUCCCUUGUGCAGUUUCGGUAUUAAUCACUGGAUCUGACUGAACUGCACAAAGUAUAAUUGACCCGGCUCUUUGUUGUCAAAACGAUCCCAGCUCCACAAUUCACAUUUCCGUCCAAAGGGAACUUUGGAUUAUUUCCUCCAUGAACUAUUGGCCUGUCUUAAGCCACUUCAAACCCACCUCCAACAAGCACAAAAGAGCUCAUGGACUUUGUCAGGAAAUUGGAGCCCAUUUAUUGAGUUGUGUCUGCUGCAUUGUCCCCCUUCGUCUGUCCAUUAAGCUGAAGAACACCACACCCUGCUCCCCCAAUGCCUCCACCUGAAGCACGAUGAAGCCUGUCUCAGGUGAGCGAACAACAACACGCUCAGUUAGACAUAACUCUGUAUACAAGGGAUGGUAAAACAGGUCAUCUUCUGGAACCCUGCACACUCAAGUCUCAGUUCCAUGUGAUCUAAACCACUUAACUCCUUAUGCACAUGCUCAGGAGUUGUUCUUAGAGUAAAGGUAUAGUUAACCCUCUACUCCACACUGCCCUUGCCUUGAACUCAUAUCUUCCAAUUUUUUCUUUUAGUUCUCAUUAUGCCACCUCUGAGCCCACCUUGUCCCUGAGAGCAACCACCUGCUCUCUCAAUCUAGUUCUUACAGAACAGCUUCCUUUACUUACAUUCGCAUCAGCAAGCAUUGUAUGUGGUUCCCUCUCUUCAGGAUUGCUAACCCACUUGCGGGGGUCCCUUCCCUGAAAAACAUUUCCUUGAACUCCCCCACCCCUAGCGUCUUUGAUAGCUGCCACCCCAUCUUGAACUUCCCUUUCCACUGAGAGGUCCAAGUAAGUGUGGUCACCCCGGUCUUCCACCCCGACCUAGCUCCAAGGGGCUGAAUGCUACAGGCCACUCACCGAUAAGACAGUAGAGCAGGUGGAGCCAGGAGAGGGUGAGCUGCUGCCUGUCUAUCCAACCCUGCCCCAAACAAAAUUUCAGGGAACAGCAGGAAUGGGGGUGGACUGAGUGUGUCGCCCAUCAUUGUGCCAAUCGAAGCUCUUAAGUGGGCAUUUAAUGCCACAUAUAAGGCCUGGUCUUCCCUUAACCCCUGGCCAGCUCUUUACAUAAUGGCUGGCAGGAGAGACCUGUAGACUGGCAGAUUAAAUCCUGCACACUGCUAGCUGGUAGAAUUGUAGAGCUUGUGUCAAUGUGCCCUGUGUCUAUCAGAGACCUCCUUCCUCUCCCACCGCUCGACCCCUCGCUGGGACCUGUCAGCUUGCUGGUCCAAGAGUAAUCCCACAGCUACUUGUAUAUUCAGAUCCAUCGCUGACUUGUCACCUCCUGCCCUUCCUAUAGCACCCACGGGUGCUCAACACUCCUGCUUGGCAUCGCCAGUGAACAGAGAUGUUGGUCAAUGCAGUGGAGCUUGAACCUGGAGGUGGGGGUGGAUUGGGGGGAAGACUACCCCACCCCUCACCCUCCUCCUCUCCCACACACUAGUUAAAGGGCCAAAAAGUGGAAGUGAGGUCCAGGGAGCCUAAACUGCAAUGUGACCCAUCAGAGUUUGCGUUCCUCCAACUCUGACCUCGAUGCACUCCCCCACCCCCCCACCCCCGCCAACCCCACUCCAUCCAUUAUCCCCAGAAUUGGUGGCUGUGCGUUCCGCUACGUUACCCACGCCAUCUGUCUUCUCUCCCCAAUGCACUCCUUGAAACCUACCUCUUUGACAAAACAUUUAAUCGCCCUUUUCAAACUCCCUUCCUUUCAAUUAUUGUCCAACUAAUUUCCUAUGAAGCACCAACAGCGCUACUUUUAUUUUGCCCUGUCAUAAAGGUGCUAUGCAAAUGCAGGUUGUUGAGUGAAAGUGAUUUAUUUGCUCCAUUUAAGUAUGUAUUAUGGGUAAUUGUGAAGCUCUCCAGAUGGCAUUGAAAGGCAUCACCAACAGACUUUGAGGGAGAGAGAGAGAUACAAAGUAAAUGACAUGGUUCCUGGUACUGAAAAGUUACUAAUAAAAGAACUACUGGAAUGUUUGCAUUGAUAAGCUGGACUUUUUUUUGUAGUAUGCCUAUUAGUGGUUAUAACUUACUAAAUGUAUUAAAAACAAAAGACAGGUCUUGGCACUUUUUGUACUAAUUAGCCCUUUUUUGUGUAAUACCUUUUUAAAGUGCUUUCAUGAGAAAAACCAUUUCCCAGUUUGCUUUAAUGUGAAAACAUUUGUACUUGUGUUUCGUAGUGGAAUUCUCAAGUAUUGUUGUAGAUACUUGGGGUCGAAGCUUGCUGAACUUGAAGCUGAAAAAAAGUCUAAUUUAUUGUUUGACCUAAUUUAUUAAUCUGAAGAUUAAUGAAAAGUUAGAACAUCGCAAGAUGUACAGUUUUUUUGCGCUAUUUGUACGGAAGGAAAAGAAAGGUGAUCUGGUUUAAUUAAGGGUCGAGAUUUUUUCCUGUCUACGUGACUGUUUCAUUGUUCCCACCCAGUGAUGGUUAUCUCUUGAAACUUGUUUUCUUCGCUGUCUGUACCCCCACUUUCUCCCCUGCCAUCCCGUUCCCGACUCUCCCCACUUGUAUAUGGGAAUGGAAUUCUUCUUGUAUGAUCAAGCCCAAUCGUUUAUUCCUUUCCCAACCAAAAGAAUUGUGUUGAGAAUUUUUUUAACAGGUAUUAUUUCACUACUUGUUCUUAUUUUUGUGACUGUGGUUGAAUUUUGAAGAUGACAUUAAUAAAAAAGAACUAACAGGAUGCAGGACAUAUGGGGUAAGAUGCUUUUUUAAAAAAAUAUGAGGGGAAGAAAGAUUGCUGUCCACUACGUACUGUAUCCAUUACACUCUUGUACUUUGGUUACUGUUGUGCUAAUGUAAGAUAAUGCAACAUAUUUCUAAAAUAGAUGCGUAUGUGGCACUUGGAGUGCACUGCAGUUCCGCAGUUUGCUUGUUUACUUUUUUUUAAAUGUAAGGCAUUUUCUUGUAAAUUCGCUCUUGACAGCACAAUAAACAUCGUUA